GCGCAGACCAGCUCUAACACCGGUAGUGACGCGAAAAUGGCGUCCUCCGCUAGCCGGCUGACUACACGCUGGUUAACAGCAUCAGUUACCUCUAGACCCCGUAGCGGUCGUUUUCUAAUCGUCUCCGCCAGACAUGCAGGAGUUUGCUCGGCGACGUUAUCGCAGACGCAUCGGGGUGGGAUAACGGUUAGCCCGAGCUCCUGGAGACACGGAAGUGCCGUGACAUUGAGAAGACUGACAGGGGAGAAGUUUCUCCAUGUCACCACCAGCCACUGUUUCCACACCAGCAGCAGUUUCACAAACAAGCAGGACUUCUAUGAAGUCCUGGGUGUUUCCCGCACUGCCUCACAGAAGGACAUCAAAAAGGCUUAUUACCAGCUGGCAAAGAAGUACCACCCAGAUACCAACCCAGAUGACCCAGAGGCCAAGGAGAAGUUCGCCAAACUGGCUGAAGCCUAUGAGGUGCUGAGUGAUGAGGUGAAGAGGAAGCAGUAUGACACAUACGGAGCAGCGGGCUUCGACCCCAGCCGAGCCGGGGCAGGCCAGCAGCAGUACUACAGAGCCGGGACCAGUAUAGAUCCUGAAGAGCUCUUCAGGAAGAUCUUUGGAGAGUUUACUGGAGGAAGGGGCUUCGGGGAUAUCCACAACGUAUUUGAGCAAAGGCCUGAGUUUGUGAUGGAGCUUACAUUUAGUGAGGCAGCGAAGGGAGCGAGUAAGGAGCUGAGUGUGAACAUUGAUGACGUCUGCCCAAGGUGUGAUGGAAAGGGCAGUGAGCCGGGCACCAAGGUGUCACAUUGUCACUAUUGCAAUGGCACGGGCAUGGAGUCGAUCAACACAGGCCCUUUCAUGAUGCGCACCUCCUGUCGACGCUGCGGUGGAAAGGGAUCCAUCAUAAUUACUCCCUGUGCUCUGUGCCGAGGUUCAGGUCAGACCAAGAAGAGGCAGACGGUCACUGUACCUGUACCUGCUGGUGUGGAACAUGGUCAGACAGUGCGCAUGUCAGUAGGGACAAAAGAAAUCCUCAUUACAUUCAGGGUCCAGAGGAGUCCAGUGUUCAGGCGCAAUGGAGUCGACAUCCAUUCAGACAUACUGAUUUCUAUAGCUCAGGCCAUCCUGGGGGGCACAGCCACAGCACAGGGUCUCUAUGAAACCAUCAGUAUAGUGAUUCCUCCCAGCUGCCAGGCUGAUCAGGUGAUCCGGCUGCACGGGAAAGGCAUUCGGAGGAUGAACAGCUACAGCUACGGAGAUCAUUAUGUUCACAUCAAGAUCAGAGUGCCCAAGAAGUUGACUCGAAGGCAGCGCUCUCUGUUGCUGAGUUAUGCUGAGGAGGAGACAGACGUGCAGGGAACCGUCAAUGGUGUCAGUCCUUCUGCAGUGUGUGUCUGUGUCCAGGAGGGGGCAGCAGCACCUCAGGAUCUGGUGCAAAGACAGCCAGCGCAGAGGAGGGACAGGAAAAGCAACAGGAGCAGAAGGAGGAGGGAGGCUUCUUCUCUAAACUAAAGAAAAUGUUUAGCUGACACUCAGGCUGCAGGUAAAAAACACCAUGGUAAAGGAAGAAAAGAUAUCCGCUGACUGGGCCUCCAUGCUGUCGUCUCUUGCUUUGGGGAUUGAGUAAGGAGGAGGAAGAGAGGGGCAGAGUGGUAUUUGUGUUGACACAGUCACACAUUGUUGAAGCUGCAGUUGGCAAACAGGCCAUGUAGACGUCAGGUCCACCCACCCACACACCCACCGGCUCAUCACUACAGACAGGUGCCAGGCUGAGAAACACGAGAACUGCUGGAAGAGAAGCAAGAUGGCGACUAUAGAGGACUGUUGUGGUGUAAUUCUCCUCCCUGCUUACUGUAAUUGAAACUUCAGUACUCCUUGAGUCACAAAGUGCACACAAAGAGACGGCCACACUUUAUUAAAUAACAAUGAACCAUUGACAUAGCAGACCAGAUCUGUUGUCAUCAGCCAAAAUAGUAAGGCAGGAAAUUAAAAUGGAUUGUACCUGGAUGAAAAGCAACACAUUAUAUGGGCAUUAGGAAGAAAAUUACAGUGUGACAGUUUUAUUAUUUUUAUCCACAGUGUUGUAAUAAUGCCCUAAGGAAUAUGUAAUUUGGUACUAAUUAUAGCAGCUCAGCUCAGCAUGCAACAAUGUGAAGUUUGUCUCAGUUCAUCAUAUAAUUCAACAAGUGUAGAGAAUAUAGUCACCAAUACAGUCAGUGAAUAUUUACAUGGGUUUGAAUGGGAAGUUUUUCCCAUCAGUAAGAUUUUAGUUUUUCUUUGAAAGGAAUGUCUCUGUAAAUCAACAACUGCUGAUAAUCUCAUCUCACUCUAUUUGUGUUGUUUUCUUCAUGGAGUUAGUCAAUUAUUUUAUUAUCUAGUUGUAAUUAAAGAGUCCAGAUAAAUUAAUGGGGAGUUACUGAGAGGUUUGUCUCUAUUUUCUGUAUGAUUAGUACCAAAUUACAUAAUUCUUUCUCAGAAACUGAUUAGGAAAUAAUAGGACAUUGUGUAUCCUGUGAAAUAAUGUGUUACUUUUUCCCCAUGUGAGGCUUUACUAGCUGCUCCGGUAUUGUUAAAUCUGAGGGGAUAUUCCAUUGUUUUAACAAAAAAUGAAAACAGGUGGAAAACUAGAACCAUGAUCUUAAAUAUUUGUUCAUGUCAAAUCUAGACUUAGUUGUUCUCAUUAUGGUUUGUUGCACCUGUAUGUGGCAGCAAAACCAUGCAAAAGCCUAUUUAAAUAAAUGCUUAAACAUUGAAA